AUGAAGUACGCAACUGUUCUCCUCGCCGCCGCGGCGACCGUUUCUGCCCACUCGACCUGGCAGGAACUCUGGGUCGGCACCGAAGACAAAGCUGGAACCUGUGUGCGAACUGUCAAGGACAACAGUCCCAUCACCAGUCUGACAUCGCCUGAUAUGUUCUGCGGUCGUGGUCCCGCUGCUUCGUCUGGAGUCUGUGAAGUCGCUGCCGGCGGUUCCCUGACUGUAGAAAUGCACGCACAACCCAACUCGCGCUCCUGCUCACAACCCGCCAUCGGCGGCAACCACUACGGCCCCGUCCUGAUCUACAUGGCCAAAGUGGCCGACGCAAAGACCGCCACGUCGGGAUCCUUCUUCAAGGUUGCCGAGGACGGUUACACGGGUACCACGGCCUCGUGGGGCACCGAGAUCCUCAAUGCAAACUGCGGAAAGCGCGCCUUCACCGUGCCCAAGAACAUUGCGAGUGGAGACUAUCUGGUCAGGGCUGAGGCUAUUGCUCUGCAUGCUGGUGCCAAUAACCCGCAGCCAUAUGUCAGCUGCUUCCAGGUCAAGGUCACGGGGGGUGGCAGUGCGACGCCCGCGGGUGUUAGCUUUCCGGGCGGGUACAAGACGAGUGAUCCCAUCUUUACAAAGGCCAUUUACGACUCGAGCUUCAAGUAUGUCAGCCCUGGGCCGGCUGUCUACUCUGGUUAA